CCCCCAUAUGGGCGUGGCGUGGAACUGCUGAAUCGAGAAUUUUUCUUCAUUGAGAACUUUUAAGAAAAUAAUUAAAAUUGCGUGUCGCUGAGAUGUCCCAUAUGGAAUGGUCUAAUGAGAGUAUUGUUAAUGCCAUAAAGAAAUGUCAACAGCAAAGGGCCUUGUUCAUUGUGUAUGUUAAAGAUGAAAGUACAGCAUCCAGUACAUCAGAUGCAGCAUGGAACAGCAGAGAGGUAUUUGAUGUAUUAUCAUCCAAUCCACAUGUAGCCAUUAGGCUAAUGAAGGACAGUUUGGAAUAUCAGCAGUUCUCUCAAUUGUUCCCAGUAUUAUUGACACCGUGUCUGUUCUGUAUUGGUAAUAAAGGAGAGAUUCUAGAGACUACUAGUGGAGCAAUGGACCCAACACAGUUAGCCCAAUUACUCAUAAGAGCCUUUCAAAAACACAAUCCGGAUUCAACUGUUGUACCUCCCACUCAAAAUGAGUCUGUAACUAAUGGAGCUGUGUCUGAGACCCGGCCCCUUAAGGAAAAUGAGGAGAUGGCACAAUCUGACCCCCUGGAGGAGCAACAAAGUGACAAAGAAGAAAAGCUUGUAAGUCUCCAGGAGAAGAAACACUUACUGCGACAGAAGAAAGAGCAAGAAGCAAAAGAGAAAGAGAAAGAGAGAGAACUGAGGAGACGCAAAGAAGGACAGCAACUUGAGCAGUGGAAGAAGGACAAGGAAGACUUGGAGAGAGAGCAAUGGCUGAAGGAGAGGAAAAAACAAAAACUAGAAGAAGAGAAGGCUAGACAAGAAGUCUUAGCUAAACUGGAACAGGACAAGAGAGAGAGAGCUGCUCAAAGAAAAAGACUAUCACAACAACCCACUGAAGAAACAAGUGACAGUACUACUACUAAAGGAGCAGGACCUUCUGCAAGCAUUAGGACUUACAGCAAGACUGCUCGUGUCCAAGUUAAGAUGAGCAAUGGAAGCACUACUGUUCUGUCUCUCUCUUCAUCAGACACUGUAUCAACACUGAGACAGCAAAUCGCUGAAUUCCUGGAGGCUGAUAUUGAUAGCUUUUCAAUGACCAGUGGGUAUCCUCGUACAGACCUCACACAUGAGCUUGAUGAUACUCCCCUCAGUGACCAUGGGCUGGCACCUUCAGGUGUAGUCAUAGUAAAAUUUAAAAACAAAGGCGGUUCCUCGUUUUCACCAAGUGGUAAUGGUGGGGUGUUAGCAACAGUGUGGGGUCUUUUUGCUGCCAUCAUACAGUUCAUUGUAAUGAUAUUCAAAUAUAUUAAGGACAGUAUAUUUGGUAGUGGGUCUGGAUCAACCUCUCAGCAAUCUUCACAAAGAAGUUCUAUCAAUCGUGGCGGUAACCAACGUUUCAGGAAGUUCAAUCAAGAUGAUUUUAAAGAUGAUGACGAUGAGAAAAGGAAAGAAACAUACAAUGGAAACUCAACCCAACAGCUGUAGCACACGCACUGUUACCCUGCCAGAUAACACUAUGGACUAUAUGCAUGCUUGUUAACUUGUGAUACAGUGUGUAAUUAUUUUGUUAAAAUAACUUGAUUCACACACAAGUUCUAAAGUUUAAAAUGGACUCUUUUCUUCUUAA